UCCUGUGACUCGUUUCCUUCCUCAACUGCUGUGAUGGCUCAGAAUUGGUGUGUCUUGAUGCAAUUCCAUACGCAUGUGCUAGUGUGUGUGUGCGUGUAUAAGUGCAUUCAAACAUGCGUACGUGUGUGCUUCUGUUACUGGUGACCGCAGGAACCGUGCCAUCGUCCGCGUUGACCGUGCAUGUCUCUGACGUCAACGUGUUGCGAGGACAAGAAGCCGUCCUGGGAUGCUCCUUCACUCAUCAAAAGCAGGACCGCUACGCCGGGAACAUCGAGCUGAGCUGGAUCGGCAGAAAAAAAACCGGACCGGCAUUUUUACAAUGUCACGUAAAGAACGACUCAUCGGCCUUGCCGGUCGACUGCUUUGCCACGGAGGAUUACGCGUUGGCCGAUGACCUCCGCCAGGGGAUGGCGUCGCUUCGCAUCAAACAUGACAAGGUGUCUGAGGGCAAGUACUUCUGCCAAGUGACGCUGGAUGGAAAAAGAGAAGUGAGCAAAGCGCUGAUGCUGAACGUACAAGUGAGGCCCGCAAUCCUGAACCUGUCACUGAUCACCGGCAGCGCCCCCCAGAGGCUGGAGUGUUUGGCGGAGGGCAAGCCGAUACCCAACAUCACCUGGCUGUCGGCCUCCGGGAGCCCGUUAACGACAACAUUAGAGGUUCAGACCUUAUCGACGGGUUCGUUCCUGAACAGCUCCGUCCCGUACGAACAGCAGGACGAGCUCACCUGCCGGGUGGAGAGCGAGCUGGGGAGGGCCGAGCAGACGUACCGGCCGGCCAACACGAAGAGGGAUGUGGUCCUGGUAUGCCGUACGGUCGCCGCGGCGCUUCUGCUGUUGGCCAUAGGGGGCGUCAUCGUCCACCGACUGAGGCUCAGAGCUCGAAAUCGCCACGCUCAGAUUCCACAAAACCCUGGUGAUGCUGAUGCACUUCAGACUGUUUAUAGCGCUCUUGCUCUUCCUGAAGCCAGUGCAUGCAGGUGAAGGCGUGUCGUCCACCACGCAUGCUCUCACACGUCAAGAGCAAGAUGUUUUAUUCGACUGUGACCUUUCAUAAAUCAUCUUCAUCUUCCAAGUUCAUCAGCUAGCCUCUGUUCUGCCCAAGCGGCAAAGGGGUAGAGUCAAAAUAAAAAAUAUGAUUUUGA